AUGUCGAAUAACGGCCUAGAUAUUCAAGACAAACCCCCAGCCCCUCCGAUGAGAAAUACCAGCACUAUGAUUGGAGCUGGCAGCAAAGAUCCUGGAACCCUAAACUACGGUUCCAAACCUCUGCCUGCAAACCCAGAGGAGAAGAAAAAGAAGGACCGAUUUUACCGAGCCAUCUUACCUGGUGAUAAAACAAAUAAAAAGAAGGAGAAGGAACGGCCAGAGAUUUCUCUUCCUUCAGAUUUUGAGCAGAUUCACGUUGGUUUUGAUGCUGUCACAGGUGAGUUUACAGGGAUGCCAGAGCAGUGGGCCUGCUUGCUUCAGACAUCAAAAAUCACUAAGUCAGAGCAGAAGAAAAAUCCGCAGGCUGUCCUGGAUGUAUUAGAAUUUUAUAACUCGAAGAAGACCUCCAAUAGCCAGAAGUACAUGAGCUUUACAGAUAAAUCAGCUGAGUAUUAUAAUUCUUCUAACACUUUGAACUUGAAGACGGUAUCCGAGACCCCUGCAGUGCUACCAGUUUCAGAAGAUGAAGAUGAUGAUGAUGAUGCUACCCCUCCUCCGGUGAUUGCUCCAUGCCCAGAGCACACAAAAUCUGUAUACACACUGUCCGUGAUUGAACCACUUCCUAUUACUCCAACUCGGGAUGUGGCUACAUCUCCCAUUUCACCUACUGAGAAUAAUACCACUCCGCCAGAUGCUCUGACCCGGAAUACUGAGAAGCAGAAGAAGAAGCCUAAAAUGUCUGAUGAGGAGAUCUUGGAGAAAUUACGGAGCAUAGUGAGUGUGGGCGAUCCUAAGAAGAAAUACACACGGUUUGAGAAGAUUGGACAAGGUGCUUCAGGCACUGUGUACACUGCAAUGGAUGUGGCCACAGGACAGGAGGUGGCCAUUAAGCAGAUGAACCUUCAGCAGCAGCCGAAGAAACAGCUGAUUAUUAAUGAGAUCCUGGUCAUGAGGGAAAACAAGAACCCAAAUAUUGUGAACUACUUGGACAGUUACCUCGUGGGAGAUGAGCUAUGGGUUGUCAUGGAAUAUUUGGCUGGAGGUUCUUUGACAGACGUGGUAACAGAAACCUGCAUGGAUGAAGGCCAGAUUGCAGCUGUGUGCCGUGAGUGCCUGCAGGCUUUGGAGUUUCUGCAUUCGAGCCAAGUUAUUCAUAGAGACAUCAAAAGUGACAACAUCCGGUUGGGAAUGGAUGGCUCUGUCAAGCUAACUGAUUUUUGAUUCUGUGCCCAGAUCACCCCAGAGCAGAGCAAACGGAGCACUAUGGUGGGAACACCGUACUGGAUGGCACCAGAAGUUGUGACACGGAAGGCCUAUGGGCCUAAGGUUGACAUUUGGUCCCUGGGCAUCAUGGCCAACGAAAUGAUUGAAGGGGAGCCCCCAUACCUUAAUGAAAAUCCUCUGAGAGCCUUGUACCUCAUCGCCACCAAUGGGACCCCGGAGCUUCAGAACCCAGAGAAGCUGUCAGCUAUCUUCCGAGACUUUCUGAACCGCUGUUUUGAAAUGGAUGUGGAGAAGAGAGGUUCAGCUAAAGAGCUGUUGCAGCAUCAGUUCCUGAAGAUUGCCAAGCCCCUCUCCAGCCUCACUCCACUGAUUGCUGCAGCAAAGGAGGCAACCAAGAACAAUCACUAAAACCACGUCACCCCAGCCUCAUUGUGCCAAGCCUUCUGUGAAAUAAAUGCUCAUUUCGGAAAUUCCAGCCCCUGAUGCUCUUCCUUGUCUUGCUCCUCCCCUUUCCUGAUCUAGUGCUCUCAAGACUUUGAUCCUUGAAAACCAUGUGCCCAGCAUUGAGGAGAACUGCAGUUGACUAAUCGGAUGAUGGCCAUUUUAAAAUAAGGAAUUUGCUCCCAAUCUGUGGAUGUGAGGGUGGUUUAUGAUCAAGGGCUUAUAUGAAUAAACCCUUGGACUCCUAUUUCUACAUAGCAAAAUCCUUCCCCCACCAAUCAGUUCUUGACUGUAUAAAUUUUUGGCUUUAUAACAUUAUCAAUUUGCAGUCGGUUGAGAUUUUUCUUUAGUGGUUGCUUUUCUAUUUCAAAACUGCCCAAACAC